GCUGUUUUCUCUUUAAGGGUUUGGCUGCCUUUUUGAAAGCUAUUGGUUAUCUUAUUCCUCUAAUGGAUGCUGAAUAUGCAAAUUAUUAUACCAGAGAAGUGAUGCUUAUUCUUAUUCGAGAAUUUCAGUCCCCAGAUGAAGAAAUGAAAAAAAUUGUGUUGAAGGUAGUAAAGCAGUGCUGUGCAACUGAUGGUGUGGAGCCACAGUAUAUUAAAGAAGAUGUGUUACCGCAUUUUUUCAAACAUUUCUGGAACCACAGAAUGGCACUUGAUCGAAGGAACUACAGACAACUUGUUGAUACCACUGUAGAAAUCGCAAACAAAGUGGGAGCAGCGGAAAUCAUACAUCGAAUUGUUGAUGACCUAAAAGAUGAGAAUGAACAGUAUCGUAAAAUGGUGAUGGAAACAAUUGAGAAAAUCAUGGCUAACUUAGGUGCUGCAGACAUUGAUUCUAGGCUGGAAGAGCAACUUAUCGAUGGAAUUCUUUAUGCCUUUCAAGAACAGACGACUGAAGAUAUGGUCAUGCUGAAUGGCUUCGGCACCAUUGUAAAUGCUUUGGGGAAACGUGUGAAACCGUACCUGCCACAGAUCUGUGGUACUAUUUUAUGGAGACUGAAUAACAAAUCUGCUAAAGUGCGUCAGCAAGCUGCUGAUUUAAUAUCACGUAUUGCUGUAGUCAUGAAAACUUGUCAAGAAGAAAAACUCAUGGGACAUUUAGGUGUUGUAUUGUAUGAAUAUUUAGGUGAAGAGUAUCCUGAAGUAUUAGGAUCAAUAUUGGGAGCUUUAAAGGCAAUUGUGAAUGUGAUUGGCAUGCAUAAAAUGACACCACCUAUUAAGGAUUUGCUACCGAGAUUGACUCCUAUCUUAAAAAAUAGGCAUGAAAAAGUGCAAGAAAAUUGCAUCGAUUUGGUUGGAAGAAUAGCAGAUCGUGGUGCUGAAUAUGUAUCUGCAAAAGAAUGGAUGCGAAUAUGUUUUGAACUUCUAGAACUUUUGAAAGCUCACAAAAAGGCAAUUAGGCGAGCUACAGUGAACACCUUUGGUUAUAUUGCUAAAGCCAUUGGACCUCAUGAUGUGUUAGCUACACUUUUGAAUAAUUUAAGGGUGCAAGAGCGUCAAAAUCGUGUUUGUACAACUGUUGCCAUUGCCAUUGUAGCAGAAACUUGUUCACCAUUCACAGUCCUUCCUGCAUUAAUGAAUGAAUAUAGAGUACCAGAAUUAAAUGUACAGAAUGGAGUUUUAAAGUCUCUUUCUUUUCUGUUUGAAUAUAUUGGUGAAAUGGGAAAAGAUUAUAUAUAUGCUGUUACACCUCUAUUGGAAGAUGCACUCAUGGACAGAGAUCUAGUCCACCGACAAACAGCCUGCGCUGCUAUCCAACAUAUGGCAUUAGGAGUUUAUGGAUUUGGCUGUGAAGAUGCCCUUGUUCACCUCCUGAAUUACGUCUGGCCAAAUAUUUUUGAGACAUCUCCUCACUUAGUGCAAGCAUUUAUGGGAGCAGUAGAAGGUGUACGGGUGGCUCUUGGGCCAAUAAAAAUUUUACAGUACUGUUUACAGGGUCUUUUCCAUCCUGCAAGAAAAGUAAGAGAUGUAUAUUGGAAAAUAUACAAUACACUAUACAUUGGUGGACAAGAUUCCUUGGUAAUUGGAUAUCCUCGAGUGCCAGAUGAUUCGAGAAAUACAUUUACUCGACAUGAACUGGAUUUGAUUUUAUAGAUGAUAAAACUAUAUUGCUGUAUAAAUGUUCUGUAUUUAAACUUGAUAUCUUGUAGUAAAAUAAAAGUUUUUUUGCAAUUUU